AUGUUGUACAGAAACUCGGUCGCUCGCUCUGUCCUCAGGGCUAUCUCGAGCUCCAAUGCCUCGGUGGCUCGGUCGACAUUCAACAACAAUGUGUUCAAGGCCCAUCUGACGUCUUCCGCUCGUCUUCCCGCUCGCCCAACUUCGUCCAGCUUGGCCCUGGCUACCCGCAAGCCCGUCACCACCGCGCUUGUUCGGUAUGCCUCUAGCUCGUCCAAGGACCUCAAGGUCGCUGAGGAGGACACUGAUAUGAUGGCGGGUAUCAAGACCGAGGCGAAAGUUAUCAAGGACACCUUCAGCCUUGAGGGCGUUCCCAAGGAGGCUCUCUAUCUCGGAAUGGCCGGUGUCAUCCCCUACCUCGCUACUUCCCUUGAGACCGUCUACCUCUCCUACGAGAUCAACCGUGCUGCCGCCAGCGGCGACGGCCUAAUCUUCUCCGGCCAGAGCGCGGAGCUGAUGCUGCACAUGCUCGAGCCUAUCCAGGUCGGCUAUGGUGCCGUGAUUCUCUCCUUCCUCGGAGCCGUCCACUGGGGUCUCGAGUGGGCCGGAUACGGUGGCAAGCAGGGUUACCGGCGCUACGCCGCCGGUGUUAUCGCCCCGGCUGUCGCCUGGCCUACUCUGCUCCUCCCCGUCGAGUAUGCUCUGAUCACUCAGUUCCUCGCCUUCACCUUCCUGUACUACAACGAUGCGCGCGCCGCUGCCCAGGGCCGUGCUCCACACUGGUACGGCAUGUACCGCUUCGUCCUGACCUUCAUUGUCGGCGCCAGCAUUGUCGCCAGCUUGAUCGGCCGUGAGCAGAUUUCCACCACGAUGAGCAGCCAGCACACCAUCACCGACAAGGUCAAUGCUCUGCUGUUCCUGAAGAAGAAGGAGCAGGCCGAGGCCGAUGCCCGGCGCCGCGCCGAGCUCGGCGAGGAGGCCGAGUAA